CUGGUGCAACCUCAUCACAACUGGAAAGUGCUCCGAGUCUCUUCUCAUUAGACAAACUUAUGACUAAAGUCGUACCUAAAAACAACACAAUUAAUAAAUGAAAUCUGAAUGAUUAAGAUUCAUAUCUUCUUGCAAACAAAUGAGGCCUAUAUAAUCUAUUAGCAUAAACUUGAGGUCUUCAUUUCCUCAACAACUCAAAAGAGGGAACCCAAGACUACACUGCAGAAAUGGAAGAAAUAACCAACAAAGAUCAUGUUUUGGUUCUCCCAUUCCCUAUGCAAGGCCACAUAAACCCAAUGGUUCAAUUUUCAAAGAGAUUAGCAUCAAGAGGAGUUAAAGUGACCAUACUCAUCAUAGAGUCUAUUUGCAAGAACAUGCCAAAGGCAUCUGGUUCAAUCAAUAUUGAGUCCAUUCCACAUGAUGACUCUCCACCAGAAAACAUUGACAAAUCUUUUGAAUGGUUUCAUGUGUUGGUAUCCAAAACUUUGACAAAAAUUAUUGAGAAAUUAUCUUAUUCUGAGUACCCUGUGAAAGUUCUUGUUUAUGAUUCAAUCAGUACUUGGGCAAUUGACAUUGCACAUCAGCUAGGACUAAAAGGGGCUGCAUUUUUCACACAAUCUUGUUCUAUUAGUGCCAUAUAUUAUCAUAUGGAUCCAGAGAUAAGUAAAAUUCCUUUAGAUGGAUCUCUUGUGUCUUUGCCUUCACUUCCACUGUUAGAAAAGGAAGAGUUACCUUCUUUUAUCUGUGAAAUUGAUUUGUAUCCAGCUAUUAAAGAACUUGUCUUCAGUCAGAACAUCAAUUUCAAGAAAGCAGAUUGGCUUUUCUUCAACACAUUUGAUGUGCUGGAGAAGGAGGUAGUUGACUGGAUGAGAACCAAGUACCCAAUCAAAACCAUUGGACCAACUAUUCCAUCAAUGUAUCUUGAUAAGAGACUAAAGGAAGACGAAGAAUAUGGUUUGAGUCUCUUCAAGCCUAAUGAUGAAGUUUGUAUGAAGUGGCUAGACUCAAGGGAAACAGCUGCUUCUGUUGUUUAUGUAUCAUUUGGAAGUUUAGCCACUCUUGGCGAAAUACAAAUGGAGGAACUAGCCUCGGGAUUGAUGACAAGCAAUUGCUACUUCUUAUGGGUUGUUAGAGCUACUGAAGAGAACAAACUCCCCAAGGAAUUCAUGUCCAAGUUAUCCGAAAAAGGACUAGUUGUGAAGUGGUGCCCUCAACUCGAUGUAUUGGCUCAUCGAGCUGUUGGAUGUUUCUUUACUCAUUGUGGAUGGAAUUCAACCCUGGAAGCGUUGAGCUUGGGAGUACCAAUGGUUGCCAUGCCACACUGGUCAGAUCAACCAACUAAUGCGAAAUUUAUUAGUGAUGUAUGGCAAACAGGAAUUCGCGUUAAGGCUGGAGAAAAUGGUGUAGUUACUAGAGAUGAAAUCGCGCAUUCCAUAAGGGAAGUCAUGGAGGAAAAGAAGGGAAUAAUGCUCAAAGAGAAUGCAACUAAAUGGAAAAUUUUGGCUAAGGAAGCUGUAGAUGAAGGAGGAAGUUCUGAUAAGAAUAUUGAAGAGUUUGUUUCAAGCAUAAUGUAGUGUGUCUUCUUCCAUGUUGAUUAUAUUUUAUAGUAUGAGAGUUCAUUAUUUCAAAGGUCGUAGUAUGAUAAGCUUAGGGUUUAGCCGUAGGUAUCUGUCAUUGUGUUUUGAUGAUCGCAUUAUAUUUGUGACUAAUUAUUAUUUUUCUGGUA